AUGAGUCUUUUCAUCUUGGACGAUAUGAUUGCUGACGAAUCGGAAUCUCAUGACAACAAACGUGUAAAAAUCACUACGGCCUGUGAUACUUGUCGUAGAAGAAAAGUCAAAUGUGAUGGAGCAUCACCCUGCGCUAAUUGUACACGAGGAGCCUAUUCAUGUACAUUUAGCGAUGCAUCUACUAAAAGACCGCGAGGACCUCCAAAGGGUUUCGUGGCCUUGAUUGAAGACAGGCUUCACACCAUAGAAUCUCUUUUAGUGAAUCUUGUUAACAAGGAUAGUAUUAAUGAAACCAAUAAACGAGAAAGAGAAAGUUCUACCAACGAAGAGUCCAACCAACGACAAAGGUUUUCAACUUUUAAAGUACGUCAAUAUUCCCCGACGAAUGCUAUAGCACCCGCUACACUAUCAUCGCCUCGUUUAUUCAUUCCAACAACGCCUCCGGCAGAUGCGAAUUAUAUUUCUGAUCAUUCCACAAAUUUAAUCCCAGGAUUUAGUGAUGAUCUUGGUAGUGAUGAUGAGGACAUACUUCUUCAUAAUUUAAUCGCUCCAAAUCCUUCAAACAGUUUACAUGCUGGUUCAUUUGCAUUUCUAAUACCAAACAAUCAACAAAACGUUGUAGGUGGUUCUUACGUUGAUCCUCCUUUACCAUCUAUAAUUUCACAGUUCUCAGAACCACCUUCUCAUAUUUCAAAAAACUUGUUGGAGAGAUAUUUUAACCAUUUUCACCCUUAUUUUCCUAUUAUUAAUCGUGGACAAUUUUUUAAAAUGAUGUCUUGUCCUAAUGUUGAAGAUCGGCCCUCCCCGUUACUGCUUAACGCAAUUUAUGCUAUUGGUGCGAUGUUUCCUCCCACGCUCCAAGAUUUUCAUUCUUCGAUAUUUUAUGAUCGGUCAAAAAAUUUGCUGGAUAAUUUUAUUGAUGUACCAAGAUUAUCAACUGUUCAGGCUUUAAUAUUAUUAUGUAUGGUUGACCAGGGUAAACCAUCGUCUUACAGGCCACAAACCUAUUCAUCGGUGGCCAUCAGGAUGGCACUGAGUAUGGGAUUAAAUCGUAGGAACGGUGCUGUUUAUCAAGGAAAAGGUCGUCAUACAAAGAAAUUAGUUUGGUGGGGAUGUUUUAUUUUGGACAGACUUAAUAGUCUUGCGAACGGGGAUCCGUUGACCAUAAAUGACAAGAUGUGUGAUAUUGAAUUUCCUUCACCGGAUGAAGUAGAUGAUCUAGACGAUGAUAAUCUCGCACAGCCACAAUGUCAUUCAUCACAACAAGAUUCCCUACGACAAAGUACAUCACCGACAUAUAGUUCUUCAUAUGCGCAGCAGACCAAUAUUUUCGUUAGUUUUGCCAGGUUAGCAAGAAUAAUUGGACAGAUUAUUGAGCAUUUACAAUCCACGUCAUGCAUAGGUAUUCCAGCAUCCUGGACUCAUCAUGCGAUGGUAAAUAGUUUUGAAGUUUCUCUUUUAAAUUGGCUCCGAGAAUUACCACCAUUUUUACAGUAUGCUCCUUCCCCACAUGACAUGCCACUCCCUGGUCACAUCGCUUCGUUGCACAUGCACCAUCAAACUUUAUUCUUAAUGCUUCAUUAUCCUUACAUUGUGUCACAUAACGCUCGUUCACCCCAUGCGCGUAUGUCGAAAAUCUUUAUCAAGUCACUUAAUGCUUGCAGUAAGGCUGCUAGUGUAAUCACUCAUAUCGGCGGAAAGGCUGCAAAAGUUCAUGUUAUUAACCUUGUUUCACCUCAUCGCGGUGUUGCAAUAAAUGCAUACAGAAAUGUUGUAAAAACAAUUAAAAUCUGUAGAUACUACGAACAAAAUAAUAUCAUGACCGAAUUAGCGAGUCAUACGAUUGCAAGCUUGGAAAGCGUUUUGAUGUCGCAUCAAGAUAAAUUCUCUAAUGAAGAAGCCAUUGAAAUAUCGAGUGUGUCACCUGCCAUUGCUGUUUCGAGUUCAUUGACAUCUCCAACACACAUUAAAAUAUCACCUACCAUGGCGAAUCAAAUGUUUCAUACUGGAUCGAAACAAAUGCAACCUGAUCUAAAGAGGGACGUUUCCUCAACAAAUAUUCAACAGCAUACGUCGAACUUUACUUUUGUUCAAAAUCAGGGUGGACCAGGGAUGCAACAGUAUAUGCCAGUGAAUCAAAUCUUUGAUUCGUUCGCAAUGCAAAUGCAACCGCCAAUGAUGAUGACAUCUAGCGAACCAUAUUGGGAUCUUGGAAUGGACCUCUCAGGACAAUCAAACAUGGUCGGCGGAUAUAAUAAUCAUUCAUACAACAAUAUAACGCCCACAAUUCCCCUUCCUACAGCUUCUUCAACCACAUCUACUCCAGCCUUAUCUACUACUACAACUGUGCAGCAGCAACGACAACGAUCACCACAGCGACAGAUCUCGCUCCCAGUUUCUUCGCCAAUUCCAAUUUAUGCUGCAGCUCAAUCCAAUGAAACUCAAUCAAGAUCUAGCCAAAUGUCUCUAAAUUCUAUCGAACAAGAUAAUGGUUCAGGAUCAAAUAUGAUGAAUGAAAAUAUGAGUAAUGUCGAGCUACAAAAUAUUCAUCCCUCACAAAGGUAUGUGUUUACGGGUAUAAAUGGCAAUAAUUCCUCAAUUGCAAAUGCAAACGGUAAUGGUGGAUUUGUUAUUGAGGGAGAAAAUUUCUAUGGUCAUUUAUCUGACUCAAAUGAGACUUAUCAGAGAAUUUUCAACAAGAUCCCUGGACGAAUGAUAAAGAAAGAAGAUGAAGACGAAGCAGGUCAAGUCAUCGCUAAUGGUAACGAUUCACCAAAUAAAGAUGCAAUAAGUGUUUUAUCUCGGCGUUUAAGUGGACAUUGUUGCGUUACUCCUUCCUUUAACGAUUUGAAAUUCGGUGGCAGCUUUGGAUCCAAUAGAAAUGGUAAUGAUUAUUCCUCUUCACCAAUUGGAAUCGGACUUGAAAAUAAUCAUUGUCAUAUUGACGGUAACGGUUAUAAUAAUUCAAGGGAAAUGAAGGAAGUUAAUGUCGGUUUUCAUAUUGGACAUUACUAA